AUGGGGAGAACCGAGUUUGGCGCCGUUUUGCCACUCCGCUCUGCCCCCACCCGCUUCUACAAUCUUACAUUUGCCCGACGCCGUGGAUGUGGUUGUCGGUUGUGCAUGUCCGGGGCGCGUGUGGUUGCCGAGUACGGUCGCCCCGCAUGCUCGGGUCGCGUUUUCGUCCUAUUCGUCGCGUUUUAAUCGCACCCAACACUCCGUUCUCUUCCCCAAUGGUCUUGUUGUUUUCAGAGCCUCUUUCCCUUCGCGUUUCGAACACACGCAAACUCACGCCGAAAUGAGCGAAACCAAGGCCGAGAAACGCGCGCACACCGAGGAGAACGGCGAAGAGUCCGAGGUGACGGCCAAACAGUCCAAGGUGGAGCAGAUCAAGGAGGCCAACGCCAACGAAAAGAGUGAGUUCUGGGGGGUCCGUGGAGGGUGGGGAGAGGAUUUGUAGGCUGAGAGACGUGUACAAUGGGAUGAAUACUUGUAUGAGUUAUGAUUUGGAUGGACGGCCUUGUAGUGUUACAGCAACUGUAGCUGGUUGUGUAAAAAAUAAUUUUUGAAAAUGGCUUUGAGUACUUUGAUCUAGGAUGUUUAUGAUCAACAAAUACAGUCGACCACGUGGCGACAAGGUUAAUAAAAACACACUGAGGGGCUGAUAGACGCUAGUAUUACCUCGAACAACUGUUAGAAGUACCGAGGUUUCUGAUCACUUUACUUACCUCUAUUCCUUUCAGAAGCCAAGGACGUUGAAGAAGUAGAAAAUGAGAAUGAAGUUGAGGAGGAGGGCGAUGAUGGAGAAGAAUCGUCGAACGCAGAGUCAGGAGCCGAGGACGAGGAGAACGACGUCGACGACGAGGAGGAGGAUGAUGUAGCCGGCGACGACGACGGCGACGCAGAAGACGCCGGCGAAGACGACGACGCGGAAGAGGAGGAGGAAGAAGAAGAGGAAUAA